ACUCCGCUCGGAUAGCUCCUGCAAAGUUAAAAACAGACUUUGUUUAUGAUGCAGGCUGUUUGUUUGAAAUGCUCUCCGACUAGUUAGUGCGCUUUCUUUCCCCCUUAAGCGUUGUUGUUCAUUUUGCUCUUCCCAGCCGUGAACGCUGAGAAGAGUGUGAAACCUUAGCAUUUCACUCCUUCACUCUUUAGCAUUUCUGGUCUCUUUGUGAUUUUUGUGUGUUUUCUUCAGCUGAUACUGUGCAGCACGACAAACCAAAGGUCAGGACUCCGGUUUUUCCCCCUCCAUCACGUGUCAUUUGUCAAAAGACAGUUUUACACUAAACAGCGUGCUCUGCAGACGUCUGGCUUGCAGUUUUGGGGGGAUUUGUUGGAGCUUGCUCGAUAGUAGGAGUGCACCGUGAAGGAUUCUUAAUCGAGCAUUUGGAGAGCGCCAUGGCCACCGAAGUGGAUACGUGGUCCACCGCUCAACAAGCCGACGGGAUGUUCUCUUUCGACAACAACCUAGCAGAGGCUAACCAUCCCUACAGUGAUGAUGAAGACGUGCUGAAUGAGGUGGAGGUGAACGGUAACUGGACGCCUCAGGAGAAGGCUAUCCACGAGGCACGGCUCAAAGCCAAAGCCAAGCGUCGACAGCGCAAGUCCUCAUCCCGCAACUCCACCAGCGAGUCCUUCUCUGAGUCAGGAGAUUUAGCAGGAAGUGAUCCAAACAGUCCAAAGGGCAAAGUCAACACCAACGACCGCAAAUCCAGGACGGGAAAAGGCAGAGGCCUGCCAAAAAAAGGUGGGGCAGGUGGUAAAGGAGUUUGGGGGGCUGCUGGGAUGGUUUAUGAAGAUGAAGAGCCUGAUGUGCGGGACCCCAACUAUGAUGAAUCUGCUCAGUCAACAAUGACUUCAUGCAACAUGAGCAGAAAACAGGGGGACACAGUUUAUGCAACAGUUGUGCCUGAGGUGGAUGAGAAGGAACUGGAAAAAAUGGUCAACCCAAUUGUACAGGAGUACUUUGAACAUGGAGACACAAAAGAGGUCCAGAUGUUGCUGAAGGGGCUCAACCUGGGCGCACAUAAGUACGAGUUCUCCUCCCUGGCCGUGUCCCUGUCCCUUGAAGGCAAGGCCAGCCACAGAGAGCUGACCUCCCGCCUGCUGUCUGAUCUGUCGGGCAAGCUGCUGUCACAAAGUGACAUGGCCCGCGCCUUCGACAAGAUCCUCAAAGAGCUGCCAGACCUCAUACUGGACACACCGGAGGCUCCACAGAUGUUAGGCCAGUUUAUAGCCAGAGCCAUAGCGGACCACAUCCUCCCCAUGUCUUUCCUGGACUGUUACAAGGGCAAAGUGGACUGUGAGCAUGCCAGAGUGGCUUUAGACCGUGCUGCAGUGCUGCUGACCAUGAAGAGGGAGAUGGUUCGUCUAGAUAAUGUGUGGGGUGUGGGUGGAGGCCUGAGACCUGUCAAGCAUCUUGUCAAAGAGAUGAACCUCCUGCUCAAGGAGUACCUGAUAUCAGGAGACGUGUCGGAGGCAGAGCGCUGUCUGCGGGACCUGGAAGUCCCACACUUUCACCAUGAGCUGGUCUAUGAGGCUAUAGUGAUGGUGCUGGAGUCGAAAGGAGACACUGCCAGUCAUAUGAUGAUAAAGCUGCUGCAGUCCUUCUGGAAAACAGGCCUCAUCACUGUGGAUCAGAUGAACAGGGGUUUCCAGCGUGUCUAUGAUGAGCUCCCUGAAAUCAACCUUGAUGUGCCGCAUGCCCACUCUAUCAUGGAGACCUUUGUGGACCUCUGCUACCAGGAGGCUGUCAUCACCAAACAGCUGAGAGAUGCCUGUCCCUCCAGAGGGCGGAAGCGUUUUGUAAGCGAAGGAGACGGAGGCGUGAUCAAGAACUAAUCCACAAGAAGAGGAAGAGGAAUAGCAGGAGGAGGAGGGGUGUCUACAGGUUCUUACACCCAGUUUCCGCUGCAGCAUGUUUUCCCUGAAACCGGGAAUGCUGGCAGUCUAAAGUUUCCUUGUUCCUCUCCUGAUAAUGUUGUCAUUACACAAACCAGCGUUGACGUUCGGUAAAAGUAGACUGAAGAGUGGCCCGGGCGUUCAUUUCCCUUCAUCUUGUUAAUCACUGUUUUUGAAUAUUGUUUAUUUCUGGGGUUGACACGCCCGUCUUGCCUCAGUCUUUGUACCUGUUUCUCAAGAAUAAUUCAAGUCAGAGUGGCAGAAAGACAGGUGGACAGGCCGGGGAUAUGAGUUGGGAUGUUUUGUCUCUUGCUUUGCUUCACCUGUUGCCAUGUCUGUCUGUAUUGUUUUUUUUUCUUCAUGUAAUGCGCUAUAAAUUACAAAAGCACUUACAAGUCAGCAUACUGUGCAGUCAGUGAACACUUAGUAAUGUAGCUCAACAGCAAGGAUUUAAAUCUUUUGAUUUUCUGCCACAAAUGAUUUGAAAUUUGAAACAACAUGCUUUUGUAUGUUCUGGUUCAAGUGGUUCUGUUGAUCCUUAAUGAACAGGGUUUUUUUUCUUUUUUUUUUCUUUGCAUCUAGGUCUCUGAGGCCAAAUGAGGCCACAGCAGUCAAAGCAAGAGGUGUUUUGGCACUUUUUGGGUGUUGAAACUUGCAUUAGGGCAAAUAUACUUUAGAAGCUCUUUUGGAAAAAUAAGAAUAAAUUGGGGUUAAUGUUUGUAUUCAAAAAAAUGUAAACAGCAAUACUUUCAGCAUUCUGACUUUGCUUGCAAUUAAUGAAUCUACAGCACACAUGGUCAGCAAUUGAUUCUGGACAGGUAACCUUACCAUAUAAAGCCAAACCUUUUGUAGAGAGCAGAAUUAAUCUGGAAAUUGUCUGAAAUCUGUUUGUCUGUAAAAUGGCAACCCCAGCUUUUCUUGGAAGAUACAGUAUGUUAAGCAUAUUCAGACGUUUCUUCCACUGUCUGUAACAGUUUUACAUGUUGACCAAAGUUAAAGAUGUGGCUAAGAAAUAUAUUUCAUUCAUUAAAAAGCAACAAAAUGGUG